AUUUCUCACAACUCACAACGUUACAACAAUAAAUCUAACAUGAUGCAGAUGAAGUAGUUUUAAUCCUAAUAAAACUACGUUUUCAUACGUGGAAUUAUACACAAAUAAUCCUAACACAUAAUAACACCUACAGUUUACAGCUACCUACAGCUUACAGUUACCUACAGCUUACAGCUACCUACAGCUUACAGUUACCUACAGCUACCUACAGCUUACAGUUACCUACAGCUACCUACAGCUUACAGUUACCGACAGUUACCUACAGCUUACAGCUACCUACAGCUUACAGUUACCUACAGCUACCUACAGCUUACAGUUACCUACAGCUACCUACAGCUUACAGUUACCGACAGUUACCUACAGCUUACAGCUACCUACAGCUUACAGUUACCUACAGCUUACAGUUACCUACAGCUUACAGCUACCUACAGCUUACAGUUACCGACAGCUACCUACAGCUUACAGCUACCUACAGCUUACAGUUACCUACAGCUUACAGUUACCUACAGCUUACAGCUACCUACAGCUUACAGCUACCUACAGCUUACAGUUACCUACAGCUUACAGUUACCGACAGCUACCUACAUCUUACAGUUACCUACAGCUUAAAGUCACCUACAGUUUAGAGUUACCUACAUGUUAAAGCUAUAAUUUAUUAUACUUAAUAAAUAUUAAUUAAUAAUAUUAAUAAAGAUAUUUUAGAUAUCAUAAAUAUAAUAAGGCAUUUGUAUUUUAAUUUCUGUCUUGCUGAGUUAUUUUCAUUUGCAUGUUAUGGGGUCACCUGAUUAUCAUCGCAUGAAAUAAUCAGUUUCCACACGUUGUAAUAAACACACACUUUAUUCACUUCACAGAGGUGAGAUAUCAGCACCUAGCAUUUUGUGCUUCUGUGUUAAGAACUGAUUUACACUAAUAGUUUGUGACAGACACCUUCCCUUAUAAUCCACACACACACACACACACACACACACACACACUAAUGAAGACUCAGUUUAGUUUAACACAUGACUUUGACGUCAGUCUCUUCACUUACAACCUGAGAGAGAAAGAGAGGAGAAACAGUCAGAAAACAAAAUCAAAGAAAGGUGAAAGAAAGACAGAAUUGGACAGAGAGAGACUGUGUGUGUGUGUGUGUGUGUGUGUGUGUGUGUGUGUGUGUGUGUGUAAAGCCUACAGGCUUCAUGGCUUGCAUUUGAGAACAGUGGAUUUUUAUGUUGUUUUUCCAUUUUCUGAGGGAAACGACUAAAGAGGUAAGUGAUGAGGUCAGAUGUUAGUGUGUGUGUGUGUGUGUGUGUGUGUGUGUGUGUGUGUGCGCGCAUUCAGUACUGUAAUUAAUGCAGUAUUAGUAAUGAAUUAGUUGUGUUAAUAAGUUCUAAGAAAUGUGAAUAAAUAAAUAAUUUAUUGAGAGUGGAAAUAAAGAGUUACUGAAGAUCUCUGUGAAACGCUCACUGACUGGAUCUGAACAAAAUUAAUAAACAGAGUCAACUUGAGAACUUUUUAUUGACAAAUUUUAUUUUUUUAAUGAAGAUUCCUUCUGGGUUUGAUCAAAGCUGGUUUUGAUUUUACAGUCAGGUGUGAAACAGCAGAAAAAAGGUGACUUUACUUUCUGCCUUCAGAUUAAACAGGAACAGAAGCUCCGGAGUUUAUAAACUAAUCAUGUGUGAGAACAUUUACAUUUUACACCCCGUAACGGACGAGUGGAUGUUGUGUCUCAUGUGUGUUACAGAAUAAAAAAGAAUGAAUGAUGAAUUCAGGUCACAUCUCUGCACUUUUGUUAGACUGAUUAGUGAAGAGAAUAAUAGACUGCAGUGUCAGUGGAGAGUUAGUGUUAGAAGGAAGAAAGAUGAGAUUUAAGGUUGUGAUCGGGUCAACACUCAGAAUAGAGCCCAGUGAUCUUAAAACCUCCUGGAGUCCAAUUAGGCCAGGUUGAGCAUUAGUUAAUGAUAUAGCACGUGCACACACACACACACACACACACACACACACAGAGGGCUGGAUUAAUAACUAAUUCUGUUUGUUAAAAGCAGUUAUUUUAUUUUUUUUUACGUUCUGUGAUCCUUUAACACUAACUGUGUUACUCUCACUCUCUCUCUCACACACACACUCCCUGUCUCUCUCUCUCUCUCUCUCUCUCUCUCUCUCUCUCUCUCUGUACCUUUUUGUCCAUCUUUCUGUCUCUCCAUCUCUUUCUCUGUCUGUGCGUCUCUCAGUGCAGUGAUGGAUAUCGGGGGUUUGGAGACGGUGGUGGCGAACUCAGCGUAUGUCUCAGCUCGUGGCAGUUUGGACGCUUCAUCUGCCACAGCAAUGCGAGAUAAGAAAUAUCGAGCUAAACUGAAUCUUCCACACAUCCGAGAGUGUGAGCACAUGAAGGCCACAGUCGAUUCUGCCUUUGACAGCAUGUGUGUUCAACAGCCAAUUGGAAAGCGGCUCUUCCGGCAGUUCCUCUCCAGCGACCUCUCCCACAGAACCGCCGGAGAGUUCUGGAAGGAUGUUGAAGAAUACAACACAGUACUAGAGAAAGACCGUGUCCUGAAAGCACAAAAGAUCAUGAACCAGUACUUUGACACAAGCUCUAAAGACUUCUGCAGCUUCCUGGAGGAGAAGGCAUUGGUCCGUGUGAAGGAAGACCACAAGAACGCCAGGACUGAUCUUUUCAAGGAGAGCGAGCAGCAGCUGCUGAAAUAUCUGGAGGCCAGCGCUCUGGCUGGGUUUAAGUCCAGCCCCUACUUCCUGCGCUAUGUCCAGUUUAAGUGGCUGGAGGGACAGGCAGUGACAGAGGACUGGUUCAUGGACUUCCGUGUCCUCGGGAAGGGCGGCUUCGGUGAGGUGCAUGCCUGCCAGAUGAAGGCCACCGGAAAGAUGUAUGCCAACAAGAAGCUGAACAAGAAACGGCUGAAGAAGCGCAAAGGCUAUGAUAGUGCGAUGGUGGAAAAGAGAAUCCUGGCAAAAGUGCACAGUCGCUUCAUCGUCUCUCUCGCGUACGCUUUCCAAACCAAAAGCGACCUCUGUCUCGUCAUGACUAUCAUGAAUGGAGGAGAUCUCAGGUAUCACAUGUAUAAUGUAGAUGAGAAGAAACCAGGCUUUAGUGAAGUGAGAGCGAGUUUCUACUGUGCUCAGAUCAUCUGUGGAUUAGAACACUUACACCAACACAGGAUUAUCUAUAGAGACCUGAAACCUGAGAAUGUUCUCCUUGAUGAUGCAGGUCAUGUUCGACUGUCUGAUCUCGGGUUGGCUGUUGAACUUCCCCCAGGAAAAGACAAAACUAAAGGAUAUGCAGGAACACCAGGGUUUAUGGCUCCCGAGCUGCUGCAGAAUAAAGAAUAUAACUACAGUGUGGAUUAUUUCACCCUCGGAGUGACACUGUAUGAGAUGGUGGCAGCUAAAGGCCCGUUCAGAGUCAGAGGAGAAGAGGUGGAGAUCAGUGAGGUGACAAGGCGGAUCCUGAGUGACCCUCCCUGUUACCCGCCCACUUUCAGUAACGAGCUGAAGCAGCUGUGUGAUGGACUGAUGGAGAAAGAUCCAGAAAAACGCCUGGGCUUCAAAAACAACCAAUGUUUGGAGCUGAGAAAGCAACCAUUCUUCAGAGAAUUGCACUGGGGUCAGCUGGAGGUCUUCUUUCUCCUCCAUUUAUUCCUGAUCCUAAGAUGGUCUAUGCAAAGAACAUCGAUGACGUGGGUGUCUUCAGUACGGUUAAAGGUGUAGUGGUUGAUGCUAAAGAUAAUGAGUUUUAUAACGAGUUUUCAUCGGGGAACAUUCCUAUUCCAUGGCAGGAAGAGAUGAUAGAGACCGGAGUGUUUGGAGAGCUGAAUUUAUGGGGUGAUGAUGGGAAACUCCCCAA